UAUUCCACAUUCAAUAUGGCGGACGCUGUGACGUAUCGCAGCAACGGGCGACCCGCUUUAUGAGGGGUCUACGUAUUCAUGUCUAUGUGGGCAACCACCCAGGGCAGCAUUUUGUGUGAGGGGCAGCCGGUAGAGGUGGGCCAGCUUUGCCCUGUGUAUUGUCUUGAAGGCAGGCCGCCAUGUUAAUCUGUUCCACAUAGCAAAGGUUUGAGAAGCUAUGUGGUUAAUUCAGUGUGAUAACUAAUUUAAAAAAAAAACAAGUAUUUUUCAAAGCAUGUUCACAUGUUUAAGGUUAAUUACUUAAGGUUUGCAAUUAUGUUGAUGCCCAGAGUGAAAGAGUAAAAUCAAGAUUGAAGUCCUUAAACAUUAUAGUUUAGUAAAUUGUUGAUAUUGAGUACCGUAUGUAAUUACCACAGUAGCCUCAUUUCUUAUGUUCUCAAUGUUUGAUGUUGAAGCUCUAUUGGAGACAAAGUGGUACAAGAUACUAAAGAUUCGGAUGUUAUAAAUACAUUUAUUUGAAGACAUUGGAAUGUCUGCACAUUUUAAAGCCCUCGUGUUUCACUUAUUGGAGCUCAGGGAAAUGUUUUUAUAUAAUAAGAUUUUGUAAAAAAAGGACAAACUGGAUGACAGAUGACCUUCACACCACAAACACCCACAACACAAACUCCUCGUUGGGAGGAAAGGGGCGCCGGGAAGGCGGGUCGCCCAGGGCACCAAACAGGCUAGGACCGCCUCUGGUCAGGAAUUACUGAGCUAAGCUCCAAUAUUUCCUCCAGAGACUGAAGUACGGUGAGAUUCAGUGAUUUUGCUGAAGGUUUGAUGCUCUGAAACUCCAACAUGAUGAACGUUCUCCCUCUGCUGUACGGUUCUCGCCUUCAUGGUUCUGGUUCUGGUUGCAGUGAACUCCAUGUACCUGGGCGGCCAGGAAAUGACGAUGGUUCAGGAAAGAGAUAACGCUACCAUCCAGAAGAACCUGGACAGGCUCAUUUUCUAUUAUGGAGCCACGGACCACUGGUGUCCGGUCAGCUACUUCCAGGACAUGAGGAGGGACUUCCCGCACGGAGACAUCCGGCUGUGUGAGCGAGGCAUUCGGCACGCCUUUGUCCUGGAUGCGGGGCAGGAAGUGGCUCAGAUGGUGGCCGCGUGGAUCGGCGGGUCUCUGACGGAGUGAGCUUCCACGCCUGAGAACCCAAAACCUGGCAGGCGAAACCCAGGGCGAAACGGCCCACCUGAAUGUUGAUCCCUGACCAACUCCCACACAGAUCAGCUUCAGGCCUGAAGCUUCAUCAUCAUGUGGGGAAUCAGAAUUCAAAUUGUUGUUUGGCUCAUGUAAUUAAUAGAUUAACCAAUAAUUCAUUCAAUUAUUGAUAAAUGAAUUCUGUGGUUUUGGCAGCACUAGAAAUGUUGAGAAUCUGAAUUCUAUGGGACAAAAUGUUGGACUUCAGUAGGUUUAACUAUUAAAUGAAAUGUUCAUGACAAUCAUUAGUAAAACUAGAAACUUGGAUAAAAAGCUAAUCAGCUAGUUUAGUUUUUUAUCCAACUAAACCAGCAGUUAGCAGGUUAGGCUGCUAGCAGUUUAAUGAAUCAGAUUUUUAAUCGGCCAUUAAUGAAUGAAAUAAAAUGCAUUUGAAAUUUAU